AUGGAUCAAGACCUUUUAUUAGCUAUUGCAUUAUCAGAAAAUUUUAUGGAGACCAAUCAAAAUAAUAAUAAUAAUAAUAAUAAUAACAACAACAACAACAACAAUAAUAGUAAUAAUAAUAAUGAAAUGAAGGAAAGUGAAGAUAAAAUUUCAAUUUAUUUACAGGAUUUAAUAUCACAUCUGAAAAAGGAUUCAGUUUCAAAAGAUUUAAAACCUUUGACUCUUUUACUUGGAUCUAAAGAACUCGCACCAAAACAAAUUGUUUUCCUUUCUAAAAUAUUAGAAUCAAUAUCUUUUAAUAUAAUCAGUAGAGAAAAAGAUAAACCAAUCGAAAAUAAUUACGAAUUAUUCUGUAAAGAAACUCUUAGUUUUUGUUUAGAUGUUUUGGGAAAAUGGGGAAAUGGUGAAAUAGACUUAUCAACAGCUAAAUGCAGUGAUAAUAACGAAUUAAUACCAACAAUACCAAUAGAAAAUAAAAAUUUAAUACCACUAACAUUAUUAUCAAUUAUUGAUAUGUUAUGUUGUAUUGAAUUUCCUUCAACAGAGAUUGACAAAGUUUUUGAUAUUCCACCAUUUUUAAAUCUCAAAGAGAACCAAUUAUUUGACUCCAACGGGCAAUUAAAAGAUAAUGCAGAAAAUAAUAAUAAUAAUAAACUAAUAGAUACACCUAUAAUAUCAACUGCUUCAGUUUAUAAUACUGAAAGUAAAGAUAAACAACAAGAGAUUAAUAUUUUCAACCAGUUUUUAAAUGAAGGUUUAUCAUCAAACAAAAUAAACACCACCACACCAAUAAAUAAAAAUGUUACUUUUGUUGAACCAACUCAAUCAAAUAAAUCGACCUAUAAUAUUAAUACAGAAGAAGGCAUUGAACAAUUUGUUAAAAUCAACUCCAAUUAUUUUAAUAAUGUGCUCAAAGGUCCAUCAAAACUAUUAUCAAUUUGUUCAAAAAUUAUAUUGCCAUAUCAAGCCAAUCUUAGUGUCAGCGAAAAAUAUGAAAAAUUUAAAAAAGAUGAAUAUCUUAUUUUAAAUUUCAUUAACAAUGUUCAAGAUAUUUUAUUCUCAGAAGGUUUUGACUCUUUAGAUCUUCUCUCAAUACCAUGGACUAUCGAUUUUCUUGGUGGGUUAAUUGGCACUCUAAGAACUUUUGAGGGAUAUUCAAUUGAAAACCAACAAUCUUACAACAAUUCAAAAUUUUUAUCAAAAGAGAUAUUUGAUAAUAUUUUUCAAGUUAUUGGUACAAAAUUAAAUUAUCCAGAUUUACAAAUUAAAGCAGAGAUAUUCUUUUCUUUAUGUAUUUUAUCUGAUGCACAGAGAAUGGAUAUUGAUAUAGUUAAGCUUUUGGAAAGACCUCAAGAUAAACCAUUGGAUAAAGAGUAUAUGGUAAUUAAUCCACAAUUAAUAAUAUUAGCAAUUCAAUUAGUUUUAAAAAACAUUAAAGAAUUAAAUAGUGCUCAAACUUCAACUGAUAAUCAAGAUGUUUCAACUUUAAGUUCAUUAGGUUUUACAGUUCAAACUAAAAGUCAAUCUCAAUCAAAUAGAAAUUUAAUUGAAUUAUUAAACAAUAAUAACAAAAAUAAUAAUAUCAUUGAUGACCAACAACCAACAACCAAGUUUUUAUUAGCAGACUCAAUAAAAUUAAAUAAUGAAAGCCUAUUACAAUAUUUUGACUUUUUCUCAAAUCAACAUUUUUCAUUACAAGAUCUUUUGAAAAUAUUUAUUAAACCUCAGUUACUCGAUACAAUAUUUAAUGUACUUUAUUUAAGCUUUUACAAAAAACCUUUAACUGAAACAACCAUCGCAACCAGUAUACCAAUGGACAUAAGUGCAUCAUCUGCAUCACCUGUACACAAUUUAUCAACAUCAAACAAAUCUAUCCCAAUUCCAAUUAAUGUAAAUAGUAGUAGUAGUAGUAGUAUUAAGAAGUCACCCAUCAAAAGUCAAGAUUCAUAUUCUUCUGGUGGCGAAGAGGAUCUUUUUGGAGGAUUAUUCCAUGAACUAAGUGGUACUCCAUUAAAAGGCUCUACUGGUGGAAUUAAAGGCAUAUCAUCGCCCUCUCCUUCAUCAUUUAGAUCAUCAACUGGUGUUGGUAUCAAUACACCCAAGCCUAAAGAAUCAAAUACCGAUAUAAUGGGUGGAAAAAUUUACACAUUUUUAUUAUUUAUUAAUGAUUUCAUAUCCGAUGUACAAUAUCAAGAUUUUAUAAAGAAAAGUUUAUCAUUAAAUCAUCUCAGAGUAUUAUUUUCAUUACUCUCUCCUCCAAAUAAUCCAUCAGUGAUUAACGAUAAAUCAAAGAAUCAUUUAAUUUUCAACUUUUUAUCAAAUAUUUGUUUUCUUUUGUGUAAAAAUUCAAUUAUAACCGAGCAAUUAAUGGAUCAAUUUGUCAACUUUAUUUUUAAUACUUACAGUAAUGAAAUAUUUAUACUUCCAAAAGAACAGUUAACUUGGUUAUCUUGGAUGUUUGUAAAGAAACAAUCAGGUUUAUCCCUAAAAAAUAGCGGUAUUAAUAAUCCAAUUGUAAUCAAACUCUGGGACAACUUUUUAAAAUCAUCUCAUGAACUUUGUAAAACUAGUAAACUCGUUGGCUUUGGAUUUAAAGAGAUAGUCUCACUUGACUAUAUAUUCCUAUUAAUGUUUUCAUUCCAUACCCUUGAUGAAAAACAUCGUUUAGAUAUUAUUUGUAGUUUCUAUCACUUGUUCGACAAUGUUGUGAAGGAAUAUAAUUCAAACAAAUUUAUUUCAAACUCUUUGGUACUCUCAAGAUGUCUAAUGAUUUUCAACUAUGUACUUUUCCAUUUCGAGUCAGUUAGUCCAACUCUUUCAAAGAUUUUCAAUAAUCAAGUUUUAUCAUUCAAUAAAAAAUCAUCAUCUUCAACUUUGACUUCUUUACCCACAAGCGUUUCCACCUCAAAUGAUUUUUUUAGACUUUCAAUUGUAAAUCUUAAUUAUUCAAACACAAUCAGUCAAUUAAUUAAAAAAUCAGCUUUUGUCAGUAAUUAUCAAAUUCCUGAAUUUUAUGAUUUAUAUUUUACAUGCGCCAACAAUUCAAGUUCAACCCCAUCAGUUUUAAAUAAAUCAACAAAUAACAUAUUGUCGCCAUCAUCCAAUAAUUUAACACCAAUUAACCCAUCUAACGCCCCAGCAGCAACAAAUACUAUUGAGGAAAAUUGGUUUAACAAUCAAAAUAAUAAUAAUAAUAACUUUGAAAAAAUUUCGUCUCUUUUACAAAAAGCAAUUUCAUCAAAUGGUACUACUACUUCCAGUUCUGCAUACGAAUCAUUUUAUGAUAAUAUCUUAUCAUUAUGCUCAUUGGUACCAACCGAACCUACUACCCAAGAUGGUGUAUCUUUAGAUUCUCUUUAUUUUGACUAUAUUAUUGCCAGUUCAUUAAAAUUCCUCAGCUUAUUGCCAUUAUCCAAAUCUUUCUUAAAAACUAUUAAAGACCCAAAAACUUUUGUCACUGUAAAUAAUGUAUCACCAAUUUAUAUCACCUUUUUAAAAUCAAUUUAUUCCCCUCAAUCAUUAAACCAAGAAAUUCCUUGGUUGUCUCAUAUUGAAAAUAUUUUAGUUCAUUUUAAAUAUAAUGGUGGAGAAAAUAACUCUGCUUCUCCAUUAAGAAUUAAUAGUAUUGUUCAAAGUUCUUUAGCUCUACUCAAUAAAGUUUUCGACUCUGGAAUAAAUAAUAAUAUUGGUAAAAAAUUAGAAAGUGCAAAUGAUACAGGUGAUAGUUAUUUUGAUGGUUGGGAAUCAUUAUUUAACGAUGAUGAUGAUGACGAAGAAGCUAAUGAUGAUGAUGAAGAUUCAGAAGAUGACCAAGAUUCAGAAGAUGAUCAAGAUUCAGAUUCUCAAGGUGAAUCCAGCGACGAAAAUAAACAACAAAAAUUAUCAAAGAAUAAAGUUGAAGUAACAGCAACUACCCCAAAAGAUGAAACCCAAGCCAACACUUCUGCAAAAGAUGAAUCAAAAACAAAAGAAUCUGCAAUCCGUUCAAAUAUUUCAACAUUAUUGCCAAAACUUUUAGUUUUUAUAAUUGAUACCUUGGACCAUUAUAAAACUAUUUAUAAAGAAUCAUUAAUUAAACAACUUGUCCACUCAAAUCCAGUACAUAUCAAACUAAUUGAGGAAUUAUAUAUACUUUCAUCAAAUAAAACCGAAAUUUUAGAUCUUAUGAAAUCAUUGGGAUUCCCAGAAGAGGAUCGAGCAUCAGUAGAACAAUGGGACGAAGAAUUUAAACCAGAUUCAUUAUUUAUAUCAAAAGAUCAAAAACAAUUAUUUGGUUGGUCUCUUCAACCAUUUAAUGCAUCACCAUCAGGAAAAGUAUACAGCGACUCACUUCAAUCAAUUAUCAAAUUAUUAUUAUCCCUUUCAAACCAAGCACUUAUUCAUUGGGAUAACCUCGAACCUGAACUAACCAAACCAAUUUCAUCAAAGGUUAGCGAAUUACUUUUUGAACAAGUCUAUAUUUCAACUGAUAGAUCUUUUUCAUUCCUCAAAGAUUACUACGACAACUAUUCAAGCUUAAUUAGCGGUGCUCAAUCUGGUUACCUUAUUAAUCAAAUCAAAUUAACCAACUUUGAAAAUAUUUCAAAGGUAUUGGUAACACCUGGAAUUUCAAGCACUCUCUUGUCAGAAAACAACCUUCUCCAAAGUAUUUUAAUUGGCUAUGUUGACUCCUUAAUCUCAAUGUCAAAAUUAAAUGGUUCACAUAUAUAUUGCCAUUAUAUUUCUGGAUUUAAUGGUUCAGUUGCUCGUGGUACUCGUGACUUUGAAUUUAUCUUACCAGUAGGUGAUCUUAAAAUUAUUAUUCAAACAUUAUUCAAUAACUCUUGCGAGAAAUUUAAUCUCAAAGUUUUAUCAGCUCUUGUUCAGUUUAUGUCAAUUUCAACACCUCCAGAAUUCUUUACCUCAUUUAGAUCUUAUGUUAUCAACAUCUUUAACUCAAUUUCAAUUGAUUCAUUAAAGGAUUGGUUUGAACAAAAAUUAUUAGGAACUAUUAUUAAGCCAAAAGAAAUCGAAAUGGAAAUUGAUAGUGUUGAUGAAAAUAUCACAGGUACUAGUAAAGUUAACUCGACAAUUAAUAUCCAAGAACAAAUAUUCAGAUUGGUUGGUUUAUUAAUUGGAAAUAAAGAUCUUUCAAGCUAUUCUAAAGAUUAUUUAGCUCAACAAGCAGCUGCUGCUGCUGCUCUUGCUUCACAGAAUAAAGAAAAAGAAGAACAAGAAGAAAAUUUUGAUUUAAAGAAAAAGAAGAAAAAUAGUGGUAGCUCAACUCCAAUUAAAACUGCAACUAAAAAAUCAACAUCAACACCAUCAUCCCAACUUGAUAGUAAAACUUCUUCACCAGCAUUAACUGCUUCAUCCAAUCCACCAUCAUUAGACUCAAUCGAUUGGGACGAAAAAGUAUCAUCAUUUUCUUUAACUCUUUUCGAUAUCUUAUUAAGUAUUGUAGAUAGAGCAUUCACCGUUUGGAUUGACCAACCAAAACUCAUUAAAGGAUAUUUUGAACUAUUACAAUAUAUUGCUAUGGAUCAACAUCAACUUUUAAAACUUUUUACCCAAGUCUCAAAUCUUUCAUCUCCAAUACUUGAGGAUCCAACAACUGAUCAAUUGGAAUCUUUAAAUCUUUUAAUUGAUUUUGUUCAAAACAUAUUAGAUUUAGCAAGAUCAAUAAAGUAUACCCAAAAUAAUAACAAUAAUCAAAACAAUAAUUCAGAUACUGAAAUGCAUCAACAUCAUUGUUCACAUCAUCACCGUCAAAACCAAUCAAAAGAUGAAGCAAUGUCAACUGAAGAAGAUAUACUUAAAGAUGACAGUGUUGAUAUUUUAGACGAUGACGAUGAUGAUGACCAAGAUUUCUCUGAAGAUGAAAAGAAUUCAAACAAUGAAAGUACUGGUAACGAAGAAGAUGAUGAAGAAAGAAGAUUGGCCUCAAAGGUUUGUACCUUUACAUUUACAAAGAGUGAUUAUAUUGAUCAACAUUGGUAUUUCUGUUAUACUUGUGGUUUGAAAUUCUCUGAAGGUUGUUGCUCAGUAUGUGUCAAAGUUUGUCACAAAGGUCAUCAAGUCAGCUAUAGUAGAUAUAGCAGAUUCUUUUGUGAUUGUGGUGCUGGUUCAGGUAAAGGUUCUUGCAAAGCAUUAAAACCAAGACUUUAUCAACCAUCAAAACCAUCAACCCAACAACCAAUUUUAUCACCAUUAAAACCAAGCGAGGAUAUUCAGACAUUGACCUCACAACAAACAUCACAACCUUCAAUCCCAGAUAAUUUAUCUUCAUCGUCCUCAUCCUCUUCAUCUAGCAACACUGGAUUACCAAUUAAUCCAUCUUCAAUUAAUAGCUAUUUCUUUAAUUUACCCACUCAACAAGAUAAAGAAUUAUUAUUUAAUGAAAUCUUUAACAAUGAUAAAUCAACCAUUAUCUCCAAAUUAUCUGAUCUUUAUCCAAAAUUAAUUGAAAUGUAUAAGAAAGCUCAAAAUGACCUUAGACCAAAAUCUGAGACCGUUAACAGACUUGAAAUGUUUGAUGAAUCACCCACCAAAGAAGUUGUAAGCAAAUCCGAUAUUUUUACCAAUAAAAAAACAUCAAAAUAUGGCACAUUCGAUUCAAAACUCAAACUCGAAGGAUCAGAAGGUAAUCAGUUAAAAGCUCUAGUUAAUAGUGGUCCAAUACAAAGAAAAGCUAUUGCUUCAAAUUCAAAAGGUUUAAUUGCUAUUGCUGAAGGUGAUAGUGUUUCACUCUAUAGUUCUCAAAAGAUUUUAGAUGACGAAUCAACAUUAGACAAACAUUCAUUUAAAGCUUUAUCAAAGAGUGCUGUUGGAUAUCCAAUUGUCAGUUUAGUUUUUAAUCCAGCCAAUGACAAAUUUUUAGCAGUUGUCGGUUUCAAGGAAUGCAAGAUUCUUACAAUCAACCAAAAAGAUGAAAUCGUUGAUCAACUUUCCAUUGACCUUUCAUUAGAUGCUUUAGGUGAAACUAUUUUCAUUAUUAAAGUUGAAUGGAUUAUUGGUAGUCAAGUUGAAUUGGCUGUUGUAACAAAUGAGUUUAUCAAAAUAUAUGAUUUAUCAAAAGACAAUCUUUCACCAAUCCACUUCUACUCACUCUUAGAAGAUUCUAUUAGAGACAUGUGUUUAGUACAAAAGAACAACAAUAACUUUAUUUUAGCUCUUAGCAACUAUGGUUUAUUGUACUGCCAACCAAUUGAAGAAACCAACGAUAAUGAAUCAUGUAUCAUGAUUGAGACUCUUCAAGUACCUAUUAGUAAAACUUCAGCAGGUGUCAGCUUAUCAUAUAAUAUUGAACUCGAUACUAUUAUUGCAAGCUAUAAUAAUGGUGAAUGCUAUGCCUUCCAAACUAAUGACCAAAUGACAACUAUAACUCGUUCUUUCCCAAUUCAAGAUCCAGGUAAAAAACUUCCUAUGCCAGCUCAAUACUUUUUACCUCUUUCACCAAAUUUCCCAAAUAUAUAUGCCUGUUUAGCUUCUCGUGGUGGAUUCCUUUUAGGCUUCAAGGUUACAACAAAAGAUAUUUUAAUUCAAAACUUAAAAUUAACUCCUAAAGUUGAAGGUAUGACUUUAUUAAAUCGUUCCUCACCAAAGCUUUUGGUUUUAUUUGAUGAUGGUAGUAUUUCAAGAUACGAUUUCUCUGUAGAAAGCAAUUUAUCAACAAACCAACCAUUACAAGUCGAAUCAACUUCAAAUAACAGUGCUUCAGCUUUAGAAGAAAAGAAAGGUUUAGAUUUAUUAUUAUAUUUGAAAUCAAAAUAUUUGGAAGCUAAUGAAUCAUUGUUAAAAAAUUCUUCAUCAACAAAUUCUGCCACUGUAACCGCUGCUAGUACUUCUUUAACCACUGCCACAACUAGUUUACCCUCAAGUACUAUAGUACCAAAUCCAGUUUUCCCUAUCGAUUUCUUUGAAAGUACUGAAUGUAUAACACCAAAUGUUAAAUAUGGAGGUGAUCCACUCCAGUGGUAUUCUCAAGAUGUUAUUAAACAAAAACUAGCCUCUAAUGAUGAAUAUAUUGUUUGUCAAAGCCUCGACACUCUCACAUUGGUAAUUAUGAACAAUAAUUAUAAUAAUGCAAUUUGUGGUAUAAGAGUAUUGGUUGGUAAUGCAUCAACCAAGCAUAUUCCAACUGAAAUCAAAAUAUUCAAUCGUUCGAUUUCAAUUAAAGAAGGUCAAAGAAGAUGGUAUGAUAUUCCUUUCACAAAUGAAGAAGCAUUGAAAUCAAUAAAAAAGGUUUCUUUAACUGCCUCCUCAACCUAUACUUUGAUCAACUCACCAAUUAUCGACCAAAUUGAAGUAUAUGCCAAGAAUAAAGAAUCAUUUGGUUUCAAUGACUCUGAUGAUGACGAAGCUGAAGAUUUGGUAGAUAAUGAAAAUACCACUGGUUCAUCAUCCAAUAGUUUAGCUCAAGAGUAUUCACCAAUUGAAACUUCAAUCUUACAUUGUUUCAAUUCAUUAAAAAUUUAUUUCUCAAAUCAUACCAAUAAUGACAUUGAUCAAUAUGCCUCACUCAAAGAAAAAACACUAUCAACAUUACCAAUUUUAAUAACAGAUUCUCAAUUAACCUUUGUUAGAUCAUCAAUCAAAAAGAUCUUAAAGAUCCUCUCACCAGAUCAUGAUUCUUACCAAACUCUUAAAUAUUGUAUUCAAUUAAAAUAUGCAUCAGAAACUAUUAAAAGUCUUUUACCAACAGUUCAAUCCCAAGGUGGCUUUAUCUCUUCAAGUGAUGUUGAAAAACUAGACUACUUAGUUAGCUCAUUAAAGAAAAUCUCUUCAAAUAAUCCAAAAAGUUCACAAACCUACCUCUUUAGUGAAAACCCAAUGUUUAUUAAUGAAAUUUUAUCUAUUUAUCGUCUUGUAACUUCGUUAGCUAAUAAUAAAUCGAACAAUAAUAGUAGUGCUCCUCCAACCAAAUCACCCCAACAAAGCUAUUCAUCCUCAACAUUCUAUUCAGAGCAUUUUAUUUCAAAUUUAGUUGAAUUACUUUGGAAUUGUCUUCAAGAAAAGAUCUUUGAUCCAGUUUAUAUUUUUACUCAAUUAAAACUUUUAAUUUCAAACUCAAAUGAAAUCAUUAGAACCAGAAGUUCAUUGAAAUUAUCGUCACUAAUUAGUACAAGAAAAUCAUAUAAACUUAUUAGCAGUGGCACUGUUACAAAUAAUAUUAUUCCAGAUCAUUCAAUUAACCAAUCAUCUCAACAAGCAACAACAACAACAACUGCCUCUAGUACAAUCGGAACCUCUGAUGGAGACGUUCAAAUGGUUGAUGAAAUUCUCUUCUCUUGUGAUAUUUGUGGCAUCAGUCCAAUAAUUGAAAAGAGAUGGAAUUGUCAACAAUGUGGUGAUUAUGACCUUUGUAAUAAUUGUUACCAAAAUCCAAACAAAGAUCAUCCAAAAGAUCAUCAAUUUAUAGAAUGUAUUAUUGAUGAACCAAUGAAAGAAUCUCUUGAACAUAAGCCAACACAACAACCAAAUACAGUUGAAGAAAAAGAAAUAAUGGCCGAUCAAUUUGAAUCUGAUGAUGAGGAUUAUAAAUUAGCUAUUGCAAUGAGUUUAGGUACCGAUUUACCUACAUCAACAGUAGCUGCUCCACUUUCUCCACAAGAAAAGUUACCACCAGUUAUUCAAAAUACCAUUAUUCCAGAAGAAGAGCCAAUUAUUCAAAUCCUUAAGCUUGUUCUUAAUGAAAUCUCAAGUACCUAUGAUAAAGGUUUCAACUAUAUGCUCCCAUAUCUUCAAAUUCUCCACUCAACUGUUUUACACAAUGGGACAUUAAUCAUUAACAAUAACGAAGCCUCAAAUCUUCUUGCAAGCAAUAUUAUGAACUUUAUUGAAAAACGUAAUAACUCACUUACAAAUAAAUACUUGUCACACAAAACUGGUUGUCUUGAAAGUGAUCUUUUAAUAUUCUCAUUAAUAAGUUUAUUAUUAGAUUCUGAUGCACAAAAGGCACAAAAAACUCAUCUUAAACAACAACAACAACAACAACAACAACAAUCAUCUCAACAAUUAUCAUCAUCACAACAAUCAACCUCACAAUUACAAUCGUCAUCACAACAAUCAACUCCACAAACACAACAACCAAAUCAUAGUUUAUCAUCAUCACUUAUCUGUCAAUUAUCUAAAGUAUUUAUUGAUAAGAAUAUUAUUAGUAUAUUGUUACAAUGGAUAAAAAAACUAUUUGAAUGUAUUUCAAGCUCAUCAUAUCAUUCAUCAGGUGAAGAAAAAGACUCACCAUUUGGUGCAUUAUUAGUUCCUUCAAUCGAUGAAAACCAUACUCUUCCAAAGAAUAGAUACAAUCCAUUUUUUGGUAAGCAUCUUCCACAAACAGCUUUUGCUAUUCAAACAUUAAUUUCAAAGUCAAUCUUCAAAAUAAUGAUAACUUUUUACCGUUGUGAUAGAAGAAAUAGAUCAAUUCAUCCAAAUGCCACUCCUCUAAUCAAAACUAGUGAAUGGUCCGAUAUUGUAUGUUCAUUUAUUCACUCCAAAAAGACAAAUCCAAUUUCCAAAUAUCCAAAGAAACUUUUAUAUUUCCUUUACCAAACCAAAUCAUCUUAUUAUUCAAUUCGUGAUGAAUAUCUCUUAAAAAAGAAAUUUGGUAAUAUUAAAGAAUUGGAAGAAAGUACUAAAGACUUCUCUGGUGAAAUUGACUAUGACCGUUCAGCCAAAUUAAUUUCAUAUCUUACCCAAAUGCUAGAAGUCGCAAGUGAUAGACCAAAAAGCUGGCAAUUCUUUUGCUCACAUAAUGAUGUGUUAAAUAAUCUUUAUAAGAUCCUUUUCAAUCUUUCUGAAGAACCAUCAUUAUUACUUUUAGAAUUACUAACAUAUGUAUUUGUUGAUGAAGAACAACCACAACAGGAACAAUCUCAAGAUAUUUUAAUGGAAGAUUUUGAUAAUAGUAAAUCAAAACAUAUCCCUAUUUUCAUAGAGGAAAAUUCCUUUAAUACUUUAAUCUACAAUAUUUUAUUAGAAUCCAACUCUUCAGAUUUAAGAAACGUAGCUUCAAAUUUAAUUUAUCAUAUUUGGAAAUUCUCAACACUCGAACAAAGAGUUUUCAUUAAUAAAUCAUUAUGGUCCAAAUUUAAUAAUACCCCAUCAUAUGGCAAAAACGCAAAUGAGUAUAUGGAAUUAUUAACCUACUUUAUUAACGAAACUGACCCAGAAUCAUGGAAAGAUCAAUUUGAUGAAUUUACUACCAAAUUAAUUGAAAGCUUCAAAUUACAAAACCAAGUUUCCAUAAAUCAUCCAAAUGCACAAAUCUAUAAUAGUUUAGGUAAAAUUUUAGAAUUUGAUGGUUAUUAUCUUGAAUCCGAUCCAUGUUUAGUGUGUAACAAUCCCGAAGUUCAAUAUCAAACUCUUCGUUUAGAUUUAUUGAAACAAGAGGUUAAAUACAGCGAAUCAUCACAAUUGAUUAAAUUUAAUGGUGUUUAUAAUAUUUCAAAGAUAGGAAUUCAACUUCACGACCUCAAGAAAGGCAAAAUGAUUAAAACCAUUAAUCUCUUUUAUAAUAACAAACCAGUAUCUGAUAUUGGAGAUCUUAAAGGUAAAUUUAAUCAAUGGAAGAAAUUAAAACAAGUUCACUUUGCACCAUCUCAAACCGAAAAAACCAUCUCAUUCCAAAUUCCAAUCUCUGCUAGAAACUUUAUGAUCGAAUACUUUGAUUUCCACGACAAUCUUCAAGUUGCUGCAUCCGAGAAGCUCCAAUGUCCAAGAUGUUCUCGUAUUGUUGCCGACAAAUAUGGUAUAUGCAAAAAUUGUCAUGAAAAUGCCUAUCAAUGCAAACACUGCCGUAAUAUCAACUAUGAAAAUUUAGAUGCCUUCCUCUGUAAUGAAUGUGGUUUCUGUAAACAUGCUAAAUUCGAAUACUCCUUCACUUGCAAACCAACAAUCGCUAUUGAAAAGAUUGAAAAUCAAGAAGAUCAUAAGAGAGCCAUCGCAACAAUUGAAAAAGAAUCUGAAAAUGCUCAUAAAAAAUAUCAAAGACUAAUUGGUUUUAAAAAAGUUAUUUCAAAUCUCGUUACCUCUUUCGAAACUCAGGAACCAUGGUCAAAAGAUGAUUUGGUAUCUUCUUUCACUGGUGGAAGUACUACUGCUGCUUCAUUUGGUGGUAGCUUAUCAACAUCCUCCACUACAGCCCCCGCUACUACCUCGGCCACUGCUGCUGUUAUCAAUACUGGUGCCUCAACCUCUGCCACAACAAGUAGCUCAAAUCCAUCCUCUGCCACAACAAGUAACUCUACAUCAAUUAUUACCUUAAGAAUUAACAAAAAGAUUGGUUAUUUAAGUAGACUUUACGAACGUGAAUGCAAGAGUCUCUUUGAAGCUCUUAGUAGAAGUGUUCAAAUUCUUCAAACAAAUAGAACCGAAAUUGCUAAAUAUAUUAAUUUCAUUGGUAAUAAAGAUCAUGAAAGUAGUGUUAAUGAUCAAUCCAAAUGUAAAACCCAUACUCGUGAAGAAAACAAAUGUUAUGGUUGUUCAUGCUCUUUUAUUGAACAAACACUAGGUUUCUUAUUCUCAAUUUCCAGAAAUCAAGCUUUAUCACCAAUCAAAGAACAAUUAAUCUUAAAAGGUUUACCAAAAGAAAUCUUUUUCAACAAUAUCCACCAUGGCAAAGGUCUUUCAAAGAUUUAUGCAAGAUCAUCAAUUUCUUUCCUUUGCAAAACAAAUCCAUCAUGCACAAAUCUUGUUAACAACUGGAUAAAAGAAAAGAUUGUUUAUACUCUUGAAAACUUUUCAAGUAUUGAUGUACCAAACAUGAUUUCAAGUGAAAUGGCAUUAUUAAAAGAUCUUGCAACUCUCUCUGAUAAUCUCUGGGAAAAUAGAUUUGGUUUUAUUAUGAACCUUUUCUUCAAAGCACUUUCAGUUGGUUCACAAAAUCCAGUAAUUUCUGAAUUUAUUAUUCUCCCAUCUCUCAAGAUUAUUAUCUAUCUCGCCACUUUAGAUCGUUCAGGUGCUUUUAAUAGUAAAGAUCAAAAAGAAAUUGAAAAGUCUCAAAAGAUUUUAUCGACCAAAUUUGAAAAAUUAAAAUCAAAGAAACAACCAGUUACCGAAAAGAAAUCUGUAGAUACAGCCAACAACAUAACCACCCCCGUUGCCACCACUAAUUUAUCAAUUAACGAAUCAAAGAUUUUAUCACCUUCUUCAAACUCCUCAUCCUCAUCCUCUUCAUCUAAUGGAAAUAACGAGGGUAAUAAUGCCCAAGAUUCAAGUAAUAUUCUAUCAAUGUUUGAUCAUGACUCUUCAAAUGUCAAUGAAUCAUGGGAUGGCGAAUCGGGUAGUGAUCAAUCAAUGCAUUCAUCAACAAGCAGUAAUCAAUCCUCUAGUAGCAUUAAUAACAGUAGUAGCAGUAUUAAUAUAGCAAAUACUUCCUCAGCAUUACUCGAUAUCUGGUCUCAAAAAUAUGAAAAUUAUUUAUUAAAUUUCGUUAGCUCCUCAAACAACAAUAACAACAACAAUUUUGAUGAAGAGAAACAAUUAGCCUAUAAAUAUUUCAAAAAAUGGUCAGCUCAAGUUAAAAAGAAUAAACUAUCUGGUUUUGAAUUAUUAUUUGAAGAAAAAUGGUUAGGUAAAUUACUUUUUAACUCAAUAUCCUCAAUCAGACUCGACAUUAUCACAUUAAUGGGUAUUCUCAGUAAAUCAAGCAAUAUCAGAACUCUUAAAUUUUUAGAUUUACUCACAAAAAUGCUCCCACAAGCAAUCACUGCAGGUGAAUACUCUGCCGAAUUCUUUGGUCUCUUUAAUAGCUUUAUUCAAAACUCACCAGAAAGAAAGAUUUAUUUAGCAGUUAAAGGUUUUAUUCCUUACAUUUGCGAUUUAAUUAUCAAAGAAAUCGAAUCAAUCAAAUUAAAAGAGAAAUCAUUCAACACCGAUAUAUCCCAAGGUUUUGUAUUAAAAAUUUUAAUUUCCAUUUUGAAGUCAUUCCUCGAAGUUCCAAACUUAAAGAUCAAGAUGAAAAAAGAUAAUAUUAUGGAAAAGGUUUUAGAUGCAUUCUUAUCACUUCGUGGUGUUAUUGUUCAAAAGAAUAAACUCACUGAAGACUCUGUUAAAUACCUUCAAGAGUUAAUGAAAUCAUUAAAUAGCGAAUCCGUAGAAGAUAACAAGAAAUUCAUGGCUGCUAAUAUCAAAGCUCUUUCCAAAUAUUACAAUGAUGGUAGAACUCCAAUUUUCAUUUUCGAGCAAUUAUGUAAUAUUGUUUGCCCAACAAAACCAGAACCAAUUUAUCAACUAAUACUCUUUAAAGCUUCAACUCAAGAAGAAUAUAUUAGAGGCUCAAUGAACAGAAAUCCAUAUGCCUCCAAUACUCUCGGUCCAUUAAUGAGAGAUGUAAAGAACAAGAUUUGUAAAACCCUAGAUCUUGGCAGCUUUUUAGAUGACGAUAAUGGUAUGGAAUUACUUGUAGAUAAUAAAAUUAUCAAACUAGAUCUCCCAAUUCGUAAAGUAUAUGAACAAGUUUGGAAGAGAAGUGCCCAAGCUCAAAGAUCAGGUGAUAUCGAUAUUCCAAUGAAUGUUAUAUAUAGACUUCAAGGUUUAGAUGGCGAAGCUACAGAAGAAAUUAUUGAAACUUUAAAUGAUAAUAAUUCAGAAGAAAAAGAUCCAGAAGAAGAAUUUGAAAUUACCAGUGUAAUGGCUGAAUGUAGUGGACUUGAUGCAAUGAUCUCAACAAUUGAAAAAAUUAAAAACUUCUCAAUCGAAAAAGAAUUGGCCCAUUUAGUUAUCAAAUUAUUAUAUCACUGUUGCAAGAUUAAAGUUAAUCGUCAAAAAUUACUUACUCUUAACACUGUUGGUAGAUUAUUAGAGAAAUUAAAAUCAGUAUUCGAACAACCAGACCUUUCCGAACACUUUUUAGUCAUUAUAGAAUCAGUUGUAUCUGAAGCAAAUCGUGAUUACCUCCGUGGUUCAAGCUCAUCAACCUCACUCUCCACCCACCACAAAGGCAUUAAAGAAGCCCAAGAACAAAUGUCAAUGUUUUUAGAUAAACUUGAUACUCCAAAUGUUCGUUCAAAUCCAAAGAUUAUUCAAGCCAUGACCAGAAUCAUUCCUUUCUUAACCUAUAGUCACAAAGAAGUCAUGGGCUAUCUUGUAGAUUUCUUCACUGAUUAUCUCAACUUUGAUGAAUAUGACCAAUCAAAGAGCAAAGAUAGUAAUUAUACUAAUCAUUUAGAUUUCUUUAGUAAAGUUUUAGAAUGCACUAGACCAGAUAGUAAUGGAAACAAUCUUCGUUCUUUAAUCAUGGAAAGAGGUAUUUCUCAACAACUAAUUGAUUAUCUUUUAAUGCAUUUCCCAGAAGAUAAAGAAAAGACCUCACAAGAAUGGAUGGAUUCAUUAGAAAAACCAGCACUUCCUUAUGUAUUAGUAUUAUUUAGAGGCUUAGCCAUGGGUCACGAACCAACUCAAAGCUUGGCAUUCAAGAAUAAACUCGUUAAGAGAAUUCAUAUUUUAGAAGAAACAAGUACAAGUGCUAAAAUAGGUAGUUUAGCUGAAAAUCUCCUAGAAACCAUUGCCGAAGGUAGUCCAGAAGCCGCUAAAGCAAUCUCUGAUAUCCGUAAAGAAUCAAAGUCUGAAAAAUUAAAACAAGCCGAAAAACAUCGUGAAGGUGUUCUUAAAGAAUUAGGUCUUGCCCAACAAGGAAAACAUAUUACAGCAAACUUUGUACCUAGCUCAAUUGAGGAUCUUGAAGAGGAUGAAGGCUUUACAUGUAUGGUAUGUCGUGAAGGUUACUCUUUCAAACCAGAUGACGUUUUAGGUAUCUAUACCUAUAGUAAAAAAAUUCCAUUACACUCUGUUAGUGAAACAACAACAAGCUCAUCAUCAUCAUCACCAACCGGUGCAUUAUCUUAUGGCUUUACAACUGUUACACAUUUCAAUUUCAUUCAUUUCUAUUGUCAUCGUGAUGCUGCCAAAGCUGAUAGAUGCAUGAAAGUUCCAAAAGAAGAAUGGGAGGGUGCAGCUUUAAGAAAUCAACAAACUAAAUGUAAUGGUCUUUUACCAAUUAUUCCACCAAAGAUGUCACCUGAUACAUUUGCUCCAUAUUCAGAUAAAUUCUGGUCUAAUCUCAAUAGUAUUUCUCGUAUAGAUGGUCCAAGAUUCCGUAUUCUCACCCAUGAUCUUAAAUUCCUUUUCUUACGUCUCUCCAAAGAUGAAUCAUUCAGCGUAGAUAGCAAAGGUGGUGGUAAAGAAAGUAAUAUUAGAAUUGCUCCCUUCUUUAUUCAAUUGGGUAUGUUUUUAUUAGACCAAAAAUUAACCGGUGGUAAUACCUCAAAUCAAUUAAGACGUCCUCAAUUUGAUAAAUUCUUAAACCAAUUCACCUCAAUGACUCUUGACACUGCAGUUGUAUCAAUGAAUCAAAUACCAGCUGACAACUGUCCAUACUAUUUAGUAAUGUCUCUCUUCCUUCUUUCUCCAAAAGAAUGGGAGGCUCAAAAAUUCAACUUCCUCAACAAACUCAUUUGCUAUUCAUUCGUUGAAUACUUUAUCAAUGCUAAAAAGAAUGGUUUGACCACUCCUGAAUUACCAACAAAAGAAAAACUAUUUGAUAUCACCCGUAAUUGGUUCAUUUUCUUCUCAUUAGUCUCCAAAUUUAGUGAUAUUAUUAAACCAUCCUCACAAAUGACUCAAGAAAACUGGAUUCAAGACACCAAACAAUAUUUAGCAAAUAGUUUCACAAAGAUUCAAGGUGAAGUUAAAGAACUAUUAAGUUGUUAUGAAGACGAAUUAAAGGAAUUUAUCAACCAAGAUGAAUUUUUAGAUGAUUUAAACCUUUUCAAAAAUGUUUUAUCAGAGCAUAAAGAUUCAAAUGAAUAUUUAUUAAAAACCUAUAAAUUUGUUAAAGCAAAUUUUAAGUGA